AUGGACGAUGCUCCUCAAUCAAAACCAGCAUUGGAAUUACCAAGACUCGAUUUUGAUACUCCUAAACCACCAGCUUCCCCAACGGACAUGAUAAGAAGAUCAAGGGAGAUGGCUCUCAAAGAGGAUAUGGAUCUUUUUCAUCAUGGCCAAAAGAAUUACAUGGAUGAUGACGACGACAUGGCUAUGAUUAACUCUAUUGAGGAACAAAAUACAUUCAUGACUGACAGUAUUGACCAGAAUGGAACUAUUGAUUGGAAGAAGGAAGCAGGUAUGAUGAAACAACGUCAAAGAAGAAAUAGUGUCGAUAUGCCUGUAGUUGAAGAAGAAGAAGAUAUGGUCUUAAUGAAUGAAGAUGAAGAAAAGAAUCCUUCAGAGGAGGUUAUUGCAGAGCAACUUACCUUUAUGGAGGAAGAGACACCAACCAAUACAGACAAACAAAAGUUCCAAUUCAACCAAUUAUUGCAACACCUUAAUUCUGAAGUAGAAUAUAGUGACAAGACUAAAAAGAAGAAGAAAAAGAAGCACAAGAACAAGGACCACGAUAGAAUUCAAUCACCAAGGGUAAGAGAAAACAGAGAAGAAUCAGAUGUCAUUGAAGAGGAUCCAAGUAUGACUAUCACGACAGAUCAACAACUAUCACUCCAACCAAAUGACGGCGCUAAGGUUAUCAUUGAAUUGGAUGAACUCUUAGGUAUAGGAGCUCACGGUAAAGUUUACAAGGGAUUCAUUCCAAAUUAUAUUACAAAUACUAAGGAUCCAGUUGCUAUCAAAAAGUUGAGUGUCAAGGCAGGAAGAUUCUCCAAAAAGUUCAUCAAGUUAGAAGUGGACAUUCUCAAACAAUUAUAUCACCCAUAUCUUGUACAAUAUCUAGGUUGUAAAUAUAGCUCCAAACUUAAAGAGUACAGCAUUGUGCUCGAGUAUGUCGACGGAGGAACACUUGAACAUUUUAUCAAAACUUCUGGCCCAAUGGAUGAAAGGACGGUCAGUGUUGUUGUUUCUCAGGUACUUAUGGGUCUUGAAUACUUACACUCAAAGAGAAUUAUUCACAGAGACUUGAAACCAGCCAAUAUUUUGAUUAGUGGUAAGGGUGUUGUAAAGAUUACAGAUUUUGGUGUCAGUGCCCAAUUAUUGAAUAUUGAAGCUAUUAGAACUAGUUGUGUUGGUACACCUCACUAUUCUGCUCCUGAAGUUAUCAUGGUCAAACCGUAUAGUUUCACUGCAGAUAUCUGGUCUCUGGGCUGUGUUGUUUUCGAAUUACUAUUUGGAAAGAGACCAUACGAUGAAUUCAAUCAAGUUGCUGCCAUGUAUCACAUGGUCAAAGACGACAAACCACCAAUGCCAACUCCAAACAAUUUGAGUCCAGUCUGUUUAGAUUUUAUUGAUAAGUGUUGGACCAAGGAUUGGAAGAAGAGACCUACCGCAAGAGAAUUGCAAACCCAUCCCUUUGUAAACAACAAUGAACAUGUUAUUCAAAAGUUUGUGAAGAACAUGAGACAGUCCCUUAUAAUGCCUAAUAACCUCCUUUCUCAACAAACUAAUUAAAUAAAUUAUUGCCAGAGUUAAAUUG